GCUAACACUUCGGAAUAUUUUUGAUUGGUCAACUAAUUAAUUGGUAUUUAUCGCUAACACUUAUUGAGUCGUCAAGUUUCAAGCCCAUUGUGCGUUUAUACUCCACACACAUCAGCUCGUUGUCUUUAACUAGAAGACUUUCAUCAAAAGUCAAAACCUUGCCGUAGAAGGUACUUACAGAGGAAUUGUUGACCUAGGAAGCGACCGAAACUUCCCUCGAAAAGUUCAAUAGAUAAUAUGCUGAUCAAAGGUAUUAUUGACGUUUUCUGUUCGAUUAAUUACAAUUUUUGUUGAUGAGUUUCAACCACUCUUGCACACUUUCGCUCGCUAUUUCAAACUCCACGAAAUUUCCUUAAAUUUUUCUAUUUGAUCUCCACAAAGUUUUUUGACUCACAAAUCACAACAGGAUUAGGAAACUACAAAUAAUAUCUGAAUAUUUUUUAAAACUCCGUUGUUUAAACACAACAAAAAUUUAGAGUCAUUCUUCUCUUGUUGUUUCUCGGUUUUGUUUAUUUAUAUUUUGUUCAUGAUUCUGGCUUAAUAGUUACGUAAUCAAGAGUUUGCGUGAAGAACGAUGACGAUGAUGCAGUACGUAAUUCCAGAACCAAAAACUAAAGAGAUUGUAUUCGAGAAAACGUUGCAAGCUGCUGGUCCAGUUACUCUAGAAGAAGUUAAAGACUUAACUUCGAAGCGUAAAAUUAUCGAAGAAUCAGUAAACAAAACCAGAAAAGUAGUCACUGAUGCAACUACAAUAGGAUUAACUUCUGCUUGUGAAAAGGAUCUUCAUAGACUUGGACAAUACAUUCCGUUACUCUUUAACUUGGUUCAUUACACCGAUAAGAUUAAGCGGGUUUCGAAUCUUAAGAUAAGAUGGAGUAGUGGAUUGAUCUCUCAGACCUUGAUUCAGCGUACAUGUCCGAAAUUCUUCCAAGUCGAUAACAUAAUGUUCGAGCUUGGAAUGGUUCUUUUCGUUUACGCAGUUAAGCUCCGGGAGAGAGCAAUGGAACUAGUAUCCACAGAUUCUAAAAAAUCUGUAACAGUUUACAGAGAAGCAUCUGGAGUUUUCCAUCAUCUGUCUCAUGAGCUUCUUCCUUCAUUAAAACUUUGUCUGCCUCCAGGGAAGCUUCCGGAACUAACUCCUCCCCUUUGCUCUUGUUUGAGUCUCCUCUGUUUAGCUGAAGGUCAGGCUGUAACUAUAGAGAACGCCGAAGAAAGCGGCAAAAGUGCAAGCCUUUUGUCGAAACUGCAUUUCGGAAUUUCUCAAUAUCUUUCUGAAGCCUAUUCUCAUUUGUCAUCUAGACCAAAUGGAGAAUAUAAAGACCUAUCGACCCGCUUUCUCGAGUAUGUAACAACAAUGGGAGCUUUACACGAGCUAAAGAGCCAAAAACACUUAGCGGAAGUGCUGGAAUCCGAAGAUCGAGUAGGCGAAGCGGUUGGGGUUCUCAUGCGUGCCUUAGCAGCGGCGAAGAAGAGUACGCCGUCGAAAGAUGACAAGUGGAUAUCGAUAUUCAAGAAAGAGAGAGAGGAAGUAGCUAAAAACAUGGCUAAGUAUGAGAAGCUAAACGAUUCUAUGAUGUUACAGAAGAUUCCAAUUGAUAGAGAGAUACCUUUUCCAAAAGGUGCGAAGAUUGUUAAUCUCAUUCCUUAUACUCCCACAAGGUUGGUACGAGAACUUCGAUUUAAGUCUUAGAAGAAGGUUCACAGAUCAAUUCUUUGUUUGGUUCUUUUGAGUUUGGAGAAGAGACUUAAGGUGUGUGAUAUGUGAUACAGUUCUUUGCCAUCAGAUCAAAAGUUUCUGAUUGUGCAAUAAUUUGUUUAUGCC